UCACUUUCCCACUCCACUUUCUCAAUCAGUCUUCAAGACAGUGGUCUGAUAGAGAAAGGUGACAGUUCACUUCAACAUUUUUCUUGUCAUCCCCAGGCCAUCUCAUCAAUAUGCAGCGUUCAACAUCUGUGGACCCCACAAAGAUGGGCGCUGGAAGAGCCAUCGCUGUCCUCACCUCUGGAGGAGAUGCACAAGGUAUGAAUGCUGCUGUCCGAGCCACAGUGAGGGUUGGGAUCUACACCGGUGCGAAAGUCUAUUUUGUACAUGAGGGUUAUCAGGGCCUAGUCGAUGGAGGAGAUAACAUCCGACAAGCAACUUGGGAGAGUGUGUCAAUGAUGCUGCAGCUGGGUGGCACAGUGAUUGGCAGUGCCCGCUGUCAGGACUUCCGCUCUAAGGAGGGCCGAGCUAAAGCAGCAUGUAACCUGGUGAAGCUGGGCAUCACAAAUCUGUGUGUUAUUGGUGGAGACGGAAGCCUGACAGGUGCCAAUGAGUUUCGCAAUGAGUGGAGCGAACUGCUCCAAAUCUUGCUAAAAGCAGGUAAAAUCACAGCAGAGGAGGCUAAACGCUCAUCUCAUCUGAACAUCGUUGGGAUGGUUGGCUCCAUCGACAAUGAUUUCUGUGGCACAGACAUGACCAUUGGCACUGAUUCAGCUCUGCACAGGAUCAUGGAGGUAGUGGAUGCCAUCACAACAACAGCUCAGAGUCAUCAAAGAUCCUUUAUUCUGGAAGUAAUGGGGAGGCAUUGUGGAUAUUUGGCCUUAGUCACUGCCCUGGCGUGUGGUGCCGACUGGGUUUUUAUUCCUGAAAUGCCCCCAGAUGAAGGAUGGGAGGAUCAUCUGUGCAGGAGACUUACCUAUCAAAGAAGCAUUGGCAAUCGUUUGAAUGUCAUUAUUGUGGCAGAAGGCGCUUUGGAUCGCCACGGCAAACCUAUCACUUGUGAUAUUAUCAAGAAUCUGGUCACUAAGAAGCUCGGCUUUGACACACGUGCCACUGUUCUGGGUCAUGUGCAGAGAGGAGGAACCCCUUCAGCCUUCGACAGAAUCUUGGGCAGUAGGAUGGGGGUGGAGGCUGUGAUGGCAUUGCUAGAAGCCACUCCUAACACCCCUGCAUGUGUGGUCAGUCUGUCAGGAAACAUGGCGGUUCGACUGCCCCUCAUGGAGUGUGUGCAAGUGACAAAAGAAGUAACCACAGCAAUGGCAGAAGGCAGGUUUGAGGAUGCUAUCAAGCUCAGGGGAAAGAGUUUUGAGAACAACUGGAACACAUAUAAACUCUUGGCACAUGUGACCUCCCCGGAUGUGAAGAGUAAUAUAAACAUAGGCAUCCUCAAUGUGGGAGCUCCAUGUGCAGGAAUGAACGCGGCAGUCCGUUCAGCUGUCAGGAUCGGUAUCCUUCAAGGACACAACAUGCUAGCUGUACAUGACGGCUUCGAUGGACUUGCACAUGGAACUAUUGAACCAAUGACAUGGGGCUACGUUGGAGGCUGGACAGGCAAAGGCGGAUCUAAUUUAGGAACCAAGCGGUCACUUCCAGCUAGUAUGAUUGAAGAGAUCAGUCUGAAUAUAGCCAAGUUUAACAUUCAUGCCCUGGUUAUCAUUGGAGGGUUUGAGGCCUUUGUUGGAGGUUUGGAAUUAGUGACUGCCAGAGAAAAAUAUGAGGAGUUGUGUAUUCCCCUGGUUGUUAUUCCAGCUACUGUGUCUAAUAACGUCCCUGGAUCAGAUUUCAGCAUCGGUGCUGACACCGCUCUUAAUACUAUCACAACUACAUGCGAUAGAAUCAAGCAAUCCGCUGCUGGAACAAAGCGUAGGGUAUUCAUCAUCGAAACAAUGGGGGGAUUCUGUGGCUAUCUGGCAACAAUGGCAGGACUAGCUGCAGGGGCUGAUGCUGCUUAUAUCUAUGAAGACCCAUUUAGCAUUCAUGACCUGGAGACAAACGUGGAGCACUUACUAGAGAAGAUGAAGACCACAGUGAAAAGAGGCCUCAUUCUUAG